CUGUUUACAGCGUUAGUUCAAGUGUUUGUUUUUAAAUCUGAAACGACUUUUUAUUUUAUUUUUUAUAUUAAAAUGUCCUCACCGGAGUCGGAUUCUAAAGCUGAGGCCGAAGAUGAGGAUGAUCUAUUAUAUUUAAUGAUUUAUGACAUGAAAACAUAUGAAAAGGAGCUAAAAGAGACCGUUGAGAGGCCCACAGAGUGGUAGGGAGAGACCGAGACCUGAGCCUCUGAUAAUUGACGCUGAAAGUGAUGACUCAGAAGAUGAGACGACACAAGCACAAAGACAGAAAGACCAGGAAGUUGAUAAUACGGAGAGACCAGACAUGGAUACACUGGACAGUAUCCAAAGAACCCCAGUGAGGAAGGCGAAGGCGAAGGCGAGGGCAAAGAGAAAGGCAAGGGCAAAGGCGAAAGAUAAAAAGCCAUGGAGGAAAUCUGGUGCUGACAUCACAGAUUACUUUAACUAUGGUUUUGAUGAAGAAAGCUGGGACGCCUACUGUAAGCGACAGUUACAGAGCCGUGCCACUAAUACAAAGCUAUGGAAUAAUAUCAUGGCCCAGAGGGGGCACACUAGCCAUGAAGAAAAGAAGACUCGUUCUGCACCUCCCUUCUCAGGCAGCCAACCCACACUCGCUUCCAGAGAGUCAAGUCCUACCUCUGAUUUUAUUGGAGGACAAUCCAGCGGCAGAAAGAAACAGCGUCAGUGUCUCAAUGUUGAAGGAAACAAUACUCAGGAGGAUACCAAGAUGUCCCCAGAGGAGGAUCCAAUUACUUUUAAUGAUCUGCCCGCUCCAUCCAAUGUCAAUAUGAAGAAGUUUCUCCCUCCACGAUCUUACCCAUACCGAAAAGGACCCCCUCCUCCCUCUCCCCUUGGUGCUUUGUACAGACUCGAUAAAGGCUCUGAUGACCUCUCAACUUCAGUGUCUCCAUGUUCGUCAGGUGUAUCAUCCGUAAUCCCCGGGAACAUGACCUCCAGAGUUGGAUGGAUCGAAGCUGCCACGGCCUGGGAACGCUUCAUACGUCAAGAAAUGUGUGAACAGGACUGUGACAGAUUCAGACAGCGUUGCCUUGGUAAAGACAGCAAAAGAGGCAGCGACAGAGAUAGGGAGAGGACUUCCUCUUCGCACAGCAGUAAGGAAGAGCGCACAAGGCAUAGGGAGACUGUGGAGAGAGACCACAACCGCCACAGAUUCAGUGGAGAAAAAGAAGGACGGCGCCGAGAGAGGAGGCAUGGAGACACAGGCGAAGGAUGUCAAAAAUCAUCAUGCAGCAGCAGCAGCGGUAGAAGCAGCAGUAUCAGCGGCAUGAGUAGAAGGGGCAGUGGUGAGGGCAGAGACAGUCAGAGUAGACUCAAACACAAAAAGGCCAAAAGAAAUAGGAAGGACAAGGACACCGAGAUGUUCCGCGACCAAGAGAGGAAAUUAAAAUCUGACUGACUUUCAGUCCCCAAUUUUUCUUUUUAAUGAGAAGAGCUGCCCUGUGGCUUCUUCCUGUAUCUUUCAUCAGAAAAUGUGAGUUUAAUUAGAAUUUCACGAGACAAACUUUUAGACCAUUU